CAAUAAUUUGUCAAAUCAUUUUGUCACAACCAAAAAGCAGAAAAUAGCGGAAAAAAGUGAAUUUCUGAAAUUUUAUCAAAAUUAUCGAGCAAAAUGAAUAAUAACCAGAAGAAGAACGCGUGCGCGAAGCUCAACAACAAGAUUGCCAAGGAGUGGGCAAAGGGAAGAGAAUCAAAGGAGUCGAAGCCGAAGGCUGGCUCAAAGCCGGAGUCGAGAAAGUCCAAGUUGGGGACUAAGUCAGGAUCGAAAUGGGAGUCGGAAAACGCAUUAAAGCGCAGCAAGUACGUCACCAAAGAAAACAAGGAAAACGAAAAUGCAGAGGACAUGCCGGCAAUAGUUCCCAAAAAAAUGUUAACAUCGGAGGAUCUGGUCGAGAUGGCAAGGGAGAUUGAGGCGGGUCGGCUGGAUCCUGAAACGUGGCCAUUCAAUUGCCGCAUGCCCCGACCGACCUCGCCUUUUCCCACAUUUAGAUACGACAGGCCGCCCACGCCACCACCACCCACAACGCCAGCACCCCGCAAGAAGUCCAGACUGGUGCCGACCCCCGAGGAAGACGCAGAGGCUGUGGAGGUCCUUCUUCGCGAAGAGGCAAAGAGAGAAGAGAAGAUUGAAGAAGAGAAGCGAAGACUGGCCGCUGUUGCUUCAGAGCCAUUGAGCGUCGAGGAUCAACGUCGAAUUGAAGAGCAUUUUCGGAGGUUUGCUCCCAUCAUGGGUGCCAAGGUGGAUAGGGCUGUAAUAAAGAGGUUACGACGUGAUUAAGACGAGCUGGAGGAGUUGAUAAACAUCGGCAAGCUUGCCCACAAGCAACAGCACCCACAGAAUUGUCCUCUCAAAAACUGCUGUGCAUACACAUCUCGCUAAAAAUGUAAUUCGAAUGGGGGAAA